AUGAUUGAAUUAUUGCUCCUCCUCUAUAUCGUAGUGUAUUGUCCUUUAAUAAUCUACGUUUAUUCAUCCUUAUUAAAGAAAUAUGAAGAUCCUAAAUAUCUUAGAGCAGAUAUUCCUGAUAGGUUUUAGCCAUUUAGAAGAACAGAUUAUAAAAAUUGGAACAAAUUAGAGAUCUAUUUUGGUGCCAUUGUCUUGUUACCUCUUAGAUUAAUAUUUGUAUUAGGAUCGCUCUUCGCUUUUGCAUUUGUUUUUUUUGUCACAACUAAAGGUUCAUAAAUUGUCAUAUAAUUAUAAUAGACUUUAAACUGGAAAAUCCAUGGCCUGCUAAUAGAUAUAAGUUUUUAAGAUCACCCCUCUAAUUUUUGGCUCGAGCUUACUUAUUUUUUUCAGGUUUUUACUAAAUAAAAUAGAGAGUUGUGAAGUAAAUAUUAUCAAUCAAUUUAGGUAUUCUGAUUAUGAUUAGGACUAUGUUUAAACCUAAAUCAAUGUUCUAAGUCAGCCAUCAAUUAUAAUAUCAAACCAUGUUAGUUGGUAUGAUACAAUUACCUAUGUUUUUAAAUAUUUGCCUUCAUUUGUUUCUAAAGACACAGUGAAGGAAUACCCAGUUUUUGGCUGGAUUACGACUAAUCUCAAAAGCAUAUUUGUUGAGAGGGAAAAUGCAAAUAAUAGGAGAUAAGUUAUGAUAGACAUUUUGAAUAGGGUGAAUUUAAUAAAUUAAGGACAUCUAUUUCCUCCAGUGUUAAUUUUUCCUGAAGGAACAACAUCCAACGGAAAUUACAUUUUAUCCUUCAAAAAGGGUGCAUUUGAACCAUUACAACCAGUUAAAAUAUGUUGCUUAAAGUACUCUCCAAGAAGAUUUAGUCUAGCAAUGGAUUGCAUAGGCAUUUAUGGUACAAUACUUUUUAUAUUAUAGCACUUACGUUAUUGUCUUUGGUUUAAUGGAAAAAUGAGUUAGAAAUUAUUGAAUUUGAAGGUCUUUAUGAUCCUGCUUAUUUAAAGUUGGAAUAAUACCCUGAAGAGAAAAGAGUAAAAUAUUACUUUAAGUAUUUAGUGGGAAAUCUAUGCUGAGAAGGUUAAGGAUAUAAUGAGCAAGUGUCUUGGACUAGAGAAAACAAAUUCAGGAUAUAGAGAAGAAUAUGAUUAUGAAGUUGAAAUCUUAGGAGAGAAGAAAAAAAAAUCAUCUUAAAAUAAUAUGAAAUAGACAAAUUAAGAAGAGGAUAAAUAAAAAGUUGAUUGAUCUAUUUUAACUAUAACUAAUU